AUGGGGUCCAUGCCUUCUCAACGUGUUUGCGGAAUAUUGGUAUUACUCAGCCUAGGUUUAGUGUCAUUCAUGCCACCCUGCGAUGGAGGAAACAUUCUCGUGUUUCCUAUGGACUGGAGUCCAUGGAUCAACAUAAAGAACCUGCUGGUAGAGCUCCAUGCUAGAGGACAUAACCUCACAGUGAUCAGAGCCUCUAACAGCUUACGAAUCGAGGAAAAGUCUUCCUUCUAUACAUCUAUAACCAUCCCAGUGAAUGAGAGAAAGGAGAUUCCUGUUGAUGAUUUCAUUAAGGAGAAUAUACAGGUGCAGAAAGGGGGGGCAUCUUUUCUCACUAUCUUGAAACUAAUAAAGAAUUUCUUUUCCAUUAUUUUUGAAACACAUGAAUCGUGGGCUGAGGUUCUUGCUAAUAUCCUAGAUGAUAAAAAUAUGGUUCAAAGAUUACUGGAUGCCAAAUAUGAUCUUGUUAUCACUGACCCAGCCAUUGCAAUGGGAACCAUAUUAGCCAAGUAUCUCAAACUGCCCACAGUGUUUACUGUUCGAUGGAGCACUUCUGGAGAUGGUCACUUUGUGAUGGCCCCCUCUCCUCUCUCUUAUAUCCCAGCCCCAGGAUCAGGAUUAACAGACAAAAUGACCUUCAUCCAGAGGGUCAAGAACUUUUUCUACCAUGGUGUUGUUGAAUACCAGCAGAGAGUUUUGCUGGGACCAUACUAUGAUUCCCUCUGUGAUAAAUACAUUGAAGGUGGAUGCAGCAUCAUCUCACUUCUCCAGGAAGCAGACAUUUGGCUGUUCAGAUCAGAUUUCGUGCUUGAUUUUCCUCGACCCACAAUGCCAAAUAUUGUCUAUGUAGGAGGGCUUCAGUGCGAACCAGCUCAGCCUCUGCCAGCAGACCUGGAGGACUUUGUUCAGAGUGCUGGUGAGCACGGAGUCAUCAUCAUGACUUUGGGAUCCAUGGUUGACGCUUUGCCUGAAGACCUUGCAGAUGAAAUCGCCAGUGUCUUUGCCAAGAUGCCCCAAAAGGUGAUCUGGAAGCACAAAGGAAAGAGACCCUCUACUCUGGGCAAUAACACCCUCGUAAUGGACUGGAUGCCCCAGAAGGACCUCCUGGGCCACCCUCAGACCAAAGCCUUUGUGGCUCAUGGAGGCACCCACGGAGUCUACGAAGCUAUUUACCACGGGGUCCCUGUGCUCGGCAUACCGCUGUUCUUUGACCAGUAUGACAACCUGCUACGUCUGCAGGAGAGAGGAGCUGGGAAGAUCCUGGAGCUAGCUUAUGCCAAUGAACAAAGCUUUGAGCAAAUGCUCAAGGAGGUGCUCUAUCAGGACAGCUACAGACAGAACAUUCAAAGGUUGUCCCGUCUGCACAGAGACCAGCCGCUGGCACCCAUGGAUCAGGCCAUAUUCUGGGUGGAGUACGUGAUACGCCAUAAAGGGGCUCCUCACCUUCGUACAGAGGCCUAUAAGAUGCCCUGGUACUCAUACUACUCUUUAGAUGUACUGCUACUAUUGAUGAUGGUAGCAACUGUGCUGCUGCUCUCCACUUUUGCAGUUUUAAGGUUUCUAUGCUGCAGACACAGAAGGAAGUCCAAGACUAAACAACACUGA